CAACAACAUCACCACUCUUGCACCAUAUCGCGCGCAUCACUCGGCGGACAUUCCAUCGGACAGCUUUAUCGGAGCUUCAUUACCAAGACUAUCAACACUUGCUGCGCUCAAGUAGCACCGACACUCAUUCGAAACCUACACCAACUAUACACAUUCAACAACCUACACAACAUCACCAGCCGCAACCAUGUUCGCUGCAUACCGCGCCUUCGCCAUCCGCCGCCCGUUGGUGGCUGCCGGUGCUUCCACCGCCGUCCUCUUCGCCACUGGCGAUGCCAUGGCCCAGCACGCCGUCGAGGGCAACUUUUCUAAGGGAAAGGGCCACGACUUCGGACGCACUGCACGCAUGGCUCUCUACGGAGGCGCCGUCUUCGGUCCCAUCGCCACCAAGUGGUUCGGCGCUCUUCAGAAGAAGAUCGUCAUCCCUGGUAAGCCAAACCUGGAGAUCAUUGCGCGCGUGGCGGCCGACCAGACCAUCUUUGCCACCUGCAACCUCUUCGUCUUCCUGUCGUCAAUGGCCAUUAUGGAGGGCAGUGACCCACAGAAGAAGCUCGAGUCGACCUACUUCAAGGCUCUUCAGAAGAAUUGGAUGAUCUGGCCUCUCGUUCAGUUCGUUAACUUCAAGUACGUGCCUCUCGGCCACCGCGUGCUUGUCGUCAACAUCGUCUCUCUGGGCUGGAACUGCUACAUGUCGUUCCUCAACUCUCAGGGCGGCGAGCAGUACGAGGUUCUGCCCCCGGAUGUUUGAGCUCGCGCGCUCGCGCACCUACACCAACACACGAC